UCAAAACCAUGACACUUUCCAUUAAUCAACUUAAUCCCCAAUAAUAUGUGUCUUGUCCUCCAUCACUUUGACUUGUUAUAACACAGACACAUGAUAAUUAUCUAUUAAACGCAUCAUUUUGUAACUUAUAUAUACAUAUAAUUAAUUACAUCCAACUGUGGAUUAUCCAAUACAUUCACUAAUUCAGUAUAUACAAUGGCAGAGAACGAGAACAAUGGCAACGCAGUUGCUGAGGAAGCCCGCGCAAUAGUGGCGGUAGUAGAAGAGAAAGCUCCUUGCAAAGACAAAGAAUUAGGCGACUGCGGUGGUGGCGGUGGUGGUGGUGGAGGCGGAGGAGAUGAUGAUAUUCCAAAAGCAAGUAAAAACAAGAACCCGUUGCUGGAAAUCAACAACUUGGAGAAGGCAAUCGCUACAAUGACAUUAAUACUGUCAAUCCCAGUAUUGGGUUUUAUUGUGUGGAUAUUUUACGUUAGAGAGUCGGAGUGCGAGAGCAUUUUGAAGCUGCCGAGUUUCCAAAUAGGGAUUGGGGUUGGUUUAAUUUUCUUGUUUCUGAUAAGCAAUGCAGUGGUUUUUCUAAGGUCUAGAUACCCCGUUUUGGGGCUUCUAAUUGUGAUGGUGCCGUUGUUGCUUACGUUCAUAAUUGGGCUUGCGCUUGUUGGGGCCUAUAAAAUGGAAAGUCGAUCCGUGGCUGCAUCACCCAAAUGGUUGAGGUUGAAAGUGUUUGAUCAAGCGCAUUCCCAAGAUAUUAAGACUUGUAUUUAUGAUUCAGGGGCUUGUGAUGAUUUGGUCUCAAGAACUCUCAUGCUUAAAUCUUAUGAUUUUAGCCUCAAGAAACUCUCCUUCAUUGAGUCUGGAUGUUGCAUGCCAGCAACGAUUUGCGAAAUGGAAUAUGUAAACGCAACAUUUUGGAGGAAAACUGGAGGACCAAUUGAUCCAUCAAACCCAUACGACAGUGAUUGUAAUUUAUGGGACAACGAGAGAGGAAAUUUGUGCUAUAAUUGCAUUUCUUGCAAAACGGGGUUUCUCAGAACUCUUCAAGCUAAAUGGAGGAAGCUCGGCAUUUUUCUCAUCGUUGCCUCUCUUUUACUCUUCAUCUCUCAUCUCAUUUUGUUCCUCUCCUCCGUCUUCAAACAGUUUCGAAUUUAAUUUACCACUCCA